CGCGCCCACUUCUGGUCUCCAUAUCGAUAUCGAUACGUACACUACCGCGCCGAGUUAACCGCAGUCAUCAUGCCUAGAGACGACCUCUCCAUCGACUUCGUCAGGAAGAUGCCGCCUGCCGCAGAGCUCGACCCGGCAUUGAUCCUCGACGAAUGGAUACACAACACCCAGAAUCUCCCCGAGGAGAUACGCUUCAUGCAAGACGAGAUUGCCGAGAAGGACCGACAAUACGACAAGCUGGUCAAGGAAAUCGACAAGAAUGACGAGCGCAUCCAAAAGUUCAUCAAGGCCAACGGCAGCUUCCACCCGAACCCCAAGGAAGAAGAAUACAGACAAACCAUCCUCAAGAACUUUGACCUAGCCGAGCAGCUGUCCAAGGAGAAGCUCGAACUCACACGAAAGCUGCAACAUACCUUCGACAAGCACCUCCGCGCCCUCGACAAGCAGAUCAAGUCCCUCUACGACCGCGGCGAGCCCGGCUUCACCGAUCCCGACGAGCUACCCUCCCUCGUCCGCGACAGCGCCGCCAACAUCACCAGCACCCCAACCGUCCUCCGGCCCGUCAACGGGAACCACCCCAUAUCCUCGGCCCUGAACGGCCUCGCCAACGGCACCGGCCCCAACGCCGCCCGAUCGAAUCAGAUCCGCAACAUCCAAGCCUCCCACCACCACUCGGCCUCAGCGCCCGCCACGCCCGCCGCGACCAUAAUACUGAACCAGCGCGCCCGCGAAAGCUCUGCCGGGCCGGGAGGCGCCGCGCGCAAGGGCGCCGUCCGCAGCAACAGCGGUCUGAACCUACAAACGAGCGGCAUAGGCCGACACUCCUCUCUCGGCCCGGGCACGCCCAAAUCCUCCACAGCCUCCGGCGGCGUCCAACGCGCCGGCAGCGCCGGUCCUCGUGGCACAGGUAAAGGGUCUAUAAGCAGCACCAGCCGCAAGUCCGUACCCUCCGGCAGUUCGGCCGCCUCCCGUAAGAAGGGCAGCAGCGCGCCAACCGCCGGCAGCGGUAGCGGAGCAGGCGGUGGUGCUUCUGCGAACGGCACCUCUGGCUCCGGCGCUGGAGGUGGUUCGGGCUCCCACAAAUCCAACCUCUCCCGCGUGCUCAAGCGCGCCGGCACCGGCACCAGCGGCAGCGGAGCGAAAAACAGUCCCAACUCGACCUCCCGCGCAAACUCAACCGGCGACAGCGACCUCUCGGACGCAGAUUCCAACCUCUCCGGCUCCGAAUCCGAUCACCGACGUAUCGGCACAGGCCGCAACACCCCCAUCGGCGGCGGUGGUUCACACUCCCGCUCCGCCUCCCACCAUCACACCAGCUCCUCCUUCUCGCACAAAGGAGGAGACGACCCCAACCAUCCUCAUCACCACCCGGGCCACCACCCCUCCUCCUCCCUCGCCUCCAACAACGGCUCCGGCCUCGGCGGCCCCGGCGGCCACUUCCCCGGGCGUCCCCUACCUACCCCCUCCCUCCAUAACCCCCACCAAUCCUCCCACAACCGGAAUCGCUCCCACCACCAACUCCAAGAAAUGCACCGUUCCCCCUCCCUCUCGGGCCACAAUCCCGAUGACAACCCCGGCCUCUCGGACGACGACGCCAUGGAUUUGGAUGACAACAUGGACCUGGACGACGAAGAAGCCGGCGACGACCGCAAGUACUGCCUCUGUCAAAACGUUAGUUUCGGCGACAUGGUGGCGUGCGACAACGACGAGUGUCCUUAUGAGUGGUUCCAUUGGAGCUGUGUUGGCUUGAAGAGUGAGCCGAACGGGACUUGGUAUUGUCCUGUUUGUGCCAAGAAUAUGGAGAGGGAGGGGGGCAGGGAGCUGGGGAAGAAGGGGAGUCAGGGAGGAGGGGGAAACAGUAGUAGUCAAGGAGGAGGAGAGGGAGGUGGUGGGCAGUAAGUAAUAUCCGGGCCGGUCAGAAUGAAGUUGCAAUAUCAUCAUUUGCGUAAAAUGUCAACGAAGCCUUUUAC